AUGGAGGUGCUGAGCUGUUGUCUCUGGGAUCCAGUGCCAGGAGCGCUCUCCGAGGGAAAAGGCAGCGCUCAAAGGCAAUUUCGCUUUGGGACUCCAUUCCAAGGAGGAUCUGGGUUUCACAGCCGCAGCCGUUACGUCAGCCGCGGUGUAACGCAGACGUUGAAAGAACAUACUGGCCGCCUUGUUAUCGGAGACCACAGAUCAACCUCCCACUUCAGGACAGGCGAAGAAGACAAGAAAAUGAAUGAAGAGCUGGAGUCUCAGUACCAGCAGAGCAUGGACAGCACGAUGUCGGGGCGAAACCGGCGUCACUGUGGACUUGGUUUCAGUGAGUUUCAGGAAGGUGAAGAGCAAGAAGAUGCAGGUGGACACUCCUCUGAAGAGAGCUCAGAGGACUCCGAAAGUGGCUCAGAGUCAGAGCAAGAGGAGUCUGCAGAGGAGCUACAAGCCGCUGAAAAACACGAUGAAGCUGAGGUUCCAGAAAACAAAAAAGAAGCAAAGAGCAACUAUAAAAUGAUGUUUGUUAAAGCCAGUGGUUCAUAACUGCAGAUGUAACAGCUUUGUAUUUAAAGUACAGUAAGCCUUAUUGUUACAGUGCAAAGUGGAGGACUGCUACAGCACAAAUCUUUGUAUUAUGAUUUUAAAAAGACCCCAUUAGACGACAAAAAAGUAGUAUUUGCUUUCAGUUGCUAUGGAUAACAUUUUUAUGGGCAUAGUGAUAUUACUGGUUUUUUGUAAAGUGUAUAAAAUACCGGAUGGAGAAAUAAAUUCAUUUUGUUCCUGCCCAAUCUCUACAAUGUUAUCUAAACUGUCCCUCCCCUUAUCCCGUGCCAGAUAAGGAAACUUCAUGUUAGUGGUUUCUUUUGUUAGUACCCCAGUCUUGAAUUUUUAACUAUUCAGAUUACAUGUGAAUUACUGGAUGUUGCGUUAGUUGUAAAAUACCAGUAUCAGCACUAUUCUGUGAUGUACUAGAGCUUUAAACAAUGAUUUUUGUCUAUAGAUGCUAGUGUUGACAGGGCUAAGAGGAGAAGUCACUCACUGUGUGACAGCAGUCAUCAGCGUAUCCAUCGGAAGUCCUACAGUGGUUGCGCAGGAGAUGUUUGAGAAAGGCGUAAUCCAACAGACGGCUCUCAUUGCUGCUUUGGCUCUGUCCUGAGGGGGAUAAGCUGAAGCUCUUCAUACCUCCCGGUAGGAAAGAAAAAGUGAUUUUUGAAUUACUGGCUCCUAGUUAUAGCACUGAGCUGUUAUUAAAAAUAACUCCUCUCAAAGAGACCAGCUUACUUUGAAAGAGAAAAUAUACUUUGAUAAUGAAAAGGAUCUACAAAUAAUUUAGUUUUUUUAAAUAUAGAAUACAGAGUUAAGUAUGCAAGCCCUUCUUCAUUUUCUCCCCAAACAGGCAUCCCCUGGAGGUCUAAGGCAAUUAUCACAAAACGAUUGUACCUCUCAAGUUGAUAGGCUUAAGGAGUCAGGAGUUCCAGUAACUCCUUCCCGUGAGAAUUAAGCACAUCCAUUCCUCUGCAAAUUUAUAGUGUAUUGUACUCAAGUAAUUAAUAAAAUAUCAGAACUUUUUGAACUUCGCUUCCUCUUAGUAUGUCAGACAGCUCAGCUGCCUCCCCUUGCUGGGAGAAGAGAACACCUGAUCUGCACCCCUGGUGCAGCCUGACCCUGCCACGGCGGUGGCUCAGGAAAUGCUGCAGGUGCUCGUGCAGGAUCUUCCAUGCCUGUACACGAUCUAGGACGUGCAGACAGGGGCAGGCCGGCUGGCUUACCUGAAAGCAGCAGCACGUACUAUCGUUGUACAGGUUUAUUGAACGUCAGCAUUGCAGCAUCAGUUAUUGGGGGAGGACUUGGGAUAAGUUACAUU